AUGCUUUCUGGAAUUUUUAGAAAUUCUUUCCCCAAAUUCCCACGUCGAUGUCUAUCCACAUUCAUCGAAGAGGAGUAUUUUGAGGAUUACGGUAUCCCAAAAGAAGCUCCGCCCCCAAAAGAAGACGUCACGAAGAGAUUCAGAAGACCCGAAUCAGAUGACGUGGAUUUUGUGGAGACGAUUGUUGGAGCACUCGGCGAGCAGAAGGCCAGAGAUGUGUUCGUUGUCAAAUCAGAUGAUAAGGAAAUGACACCGUAUAGUCAUAGGAUCGUCUGCUCGGUGUUCAAUUCGCGACAAGCGGCGGCGAUUUCUGAAAAUUUGCGGGAAAUUCUGAAAAUGGAAAAUGAGCAAUCGUACGGAUCGUCGAAUGUGAAAAGCAAUACGAAACGAAGCAAAGGAUGGUAUGUCAGUGAGAUUGAGGGGGUUCAGAUCCACGUAAUGAGCGAAGACUGUCGAGAAAAGUACGAUUUGGAGGCGGUCUGGUCGGGCGACGAUCGAAUCUUGGAGCAAAUCGAUGAGCUCAAAAAUCGCAUUCUCCUGCCGCCGAAACGAUUUACAAAUUGA